UAAUAAUUAUAUCAAAUAUGUGAUGUCGCAAUUAAUUGUGUAAUAAAAUAGAGCAAUGUUUGAAAGUAAACAUGGGGAAGUCCGCCAGCGAAGUGUCAGCACGAACACAUACUCUAGACCACAACAGGAAGAAACGUUCAUUUCUGACACCUAUGAUAUUGUGGAAGAUGAUGGAAAAAACAGAAACACAGGGUUUACUUCGGACUGUGAAAAAGAAAUUUAUGAAAUGCAGCUACUUCAACUUCAAGAACAGUUAGAAGCUGCAAUGAUUGAGAAAGAACAACUUGCAAAAAAGCUGAAGAAAUUUUCUGAAGCCUCAUUUAGGAAACUCCAAGAUGACCUUGAAGCAGAAAAGUGAAAAAACAAGGAUCUUCAACUGAUGAUAACUUCAAAAAGACACAGCAAUUUCUUACUUCACUCUUCCACCGAGGCUACCUCUACAACUGAUCUUAAGAGAGUAGGAUCCGAAAGUAAGAAAAAAGGGAAGGAAGAACACAGCUCAAACAAAACAGAGAAGAAAGGGAAUCUUCCAACAAGAAUUAUGGAGAGAGUGGUCUGCUCUUUGUACGACAUUGCAGAUGAUUUCUCCCCCGACACUUCAGAGGAAUCAGCAGAGGAAGAAAAGGACACCCAAGUCAACAUCACAAUUCUAAAAGAGAACGUCAAAAGGUUUAGCACAGCAUUAAAACCAUACAUCAACACAAUAAAAGGAAUACAGGGACUCUUCCACUGGGAGUCAUCAGCUUAUACACUGGUGGUCUUCAUGGUUUACAUGUAUGCUGUCUGGCAAGGAAGGGCUGUACAACUUUUCUUAUUAUGUCUCAUCUUCAGACACUUCAUCAGUUAUCUACAAAGCUUAGGAAUCAAAAUCAAGUUUAAUUUUUUGGACAGAGAAGAAGAAAACAAAAUAAAAAAAGAAGAGUCAUCUUUAGGGCUAUCAGACAAAAUUAAUGUGGUUGUACAGGUAGCCAAAAAAGUACAGGAUUUUCUCGGUAAAGCUGCGGACAGUCUAGAGAAGAUUGAGAGUGUACUGACAUGGCGAUACAGACCUGCCGCCCAGCGAAUCUUCCUUGGUCUCUGUGUUUGUCUUGUUAUGUCUGCAGUGAUGGACUUUGACUUGUUGCUCUGUGUUAUGGGUCUCAAUAUCGGAAUAAAGCUCUUUUUAAUUGACUUUAUUUACUAUAAAUUCCCAAGAGUACAGAAAAAGUAUGAUUCAGUUUAUAAACUAUGGAAGGCUCUUCCAACAAAAGAGGAAUGGCAGAAGACACACAUCAAGUCACAGAUAGACAAAUAUGUAUUGUCAGAUGUCGGUAAAGAGAAUGAGGACAAUAUAACGGCUUCAGGAGAGGAAAAUCCGGAAACCUUAACAGAGGCGGAUCUAACAACUGAAGACAAAUCUUUCUGUCAACUCUUUUGUUUACCUUCCUCUGAAAUACCUUUACAAGGUUGGCGUGGAGGGAGACGUUGUACACUGGUGAACAAGGAAAAGAGAGGAAUAGGAGCUUUUAAAAAUGGAAAACUUUAUCUGACGAAAAGCUUCCUUUGUUUUGAAAGAAAACGCAGUCCAACAAAAGAAAACCUGCUUAUUCCACUUGUUGAUGUAGUGGCCAUUAAUAAGGCUAAACCAUAUCAGUUUAUGUUGGGUUCAGGAAUGGCAAUAGAAGUGAUGGUGAAAGACAAGAGUUUCAUAUUUGGUGGGAUUCUGAGUCGGGAUGAUGCUUACGAUAGCAUACAACAACACGGCAUUAACAAUGAAUUGCCAUGGGCAACUGGAAUACCAUUGGAUGAGUCGCCUUCGCCACGCCCAGAUAUCGUAAGAUUGACAGAAAAUAAACAGAACUUCAGUUUUCCAGCCGAGUAUGGUGAUUUCGAUUAAAAUGAACUUUGAAGUGUAUAAUGGCAUUUGUGUAUAAUGGCAUUUUUAUGUUGAAAACAUAGGCUAGCCAUGAAAAGGUUGUUAAAUUCUACAAGAAGCACCAGGUUUUGAGAAUCAUUAUUUGUGAUUUGUUAGUUGUGAUUUACCAUGACAUCUCUAAAAGUGCCAUGCAGAUUUAUUUCAUUUGUUUGCAUUUGCAAGAUCUUUUGGGGGGGGGGGUGUUAUAUUUAAAAUUAUUUUUUUAAUCAAGACAUAAACUAAAAUAUAACUUGUGUACAGUGCACUGAAUUAUAUUAAAUAUUUCAUUAUGCACAAAAGUCUAUUGU